AUGAGUUUCAGAGGCGGCGGAAGAGGCGGACGCGGCGGACGCGGCGGUCGCGGCGGUUUUGGCGGUUUCAAUAGACCUGUUCAGCAAGGACCCCCAGAAACAGUUUUGGAGAUGGGCAGCUUUAUGCACGAUUGUGAAGGUGAGAUUGUUUGCCGCUCGAUUAACCCUAAAAUUCCAUACUUCAAUGCACCCAUUUACCUUGAAAACAAGACUCAAGUGGGUAAAAUUGACGAAAUAUUAGGACCUUUGAACGAGGUGUAUUUCACGAUUAAAUGCUCUGAUGGUGUACAAGCGACCAGUUUUAAGGACGGUGACAAAUUCUACAUUGCUCCCGACAAGCUGCUUCCAAUUGAACGGUUUUUGCCCAAACCCAAGAUCGCUGGACCUCCUAAGCCAAAGAAAAAGAGAACUCCCGGUGCACCUGGUGGACGCGGUGGUUUUGGUGGCAGAGGUGGACGCGGUGGUUUUGGUGGCAGAGGUGGCCGCGGCGGUUUCGGUGGCAGAGGCGGUUCUUCUGGAGGUUUCGGCGCCCGUGGUGGUGGUUUCGGAGGCCGUGGUGGAGGACGUGGCGGAUUUGGAGGCCGUGGUGGCCGUGGUGGCGCCCGUGGUGGCAGGAGAUUUUGA